CGAUUGUUGAGCCCACGCCAGUCGCAGUUCGUCGCUUGACGCGGCAGGAGAUCUUCUCUCGGUGUUCGUCGCUUCUCGUUGAUGAGCAAUCAUGUGGGCGGUUUCGGGAGUUACGUUGCGGUUGUGUUUGGUGGCGUUGAUCCUUGCGCGUGUUGAUGCGGUGAAUCCUUCGCCGAAUUUGGACUUUACCGAAGCGGAAGAUUUGAACGAUGAUAAUGGUUUUGUGAGUGUGUACAAGAACUAUCCCAAGAUCCAGGUGACGGUCGAUACUUCGAAGUUGAAGCGUGUCGCGCAGCCGGAAAGUGACGAUAGCAGUUCGGGGAGUUCCGGAAGUUCGGGCUCGGAAUCGGUCGAACGGCAAACUGUUGGAGUGCGCACCGACAUCACGAUCGAAAUAUCCGAGGAGUCCAUCAAUGAAACGAACACCGUUGAUGGAAAAAUAGAUACCGGAAAAAAGGAUGGACCAUCUACUGGGGGAAGAAAGGAUGGCAAGGGAGGUGUGGACGAUGAUAAUGCCAGUGUGCCAGUGUUCAAAGGGAUGGGAGGUAUUCCGACUAAGGGAAAACCUACCAAGCCAAUAUCGCCAAAUGAUGUGAAUGAUAACAGACCGAUUGUGACAGUAAGGCCACCUGUCGUCACAUACGGACAUAGAACGGAUGACCGCAAGCCGCCAGGACCUCAUGAAGGAUGGAACCGAUUUCAACCGGUAGGAGUGUGGACUACCGAGAGACCAUACUUGCGGAGGAUCGAUUAUGAUUUUAGAGGCAAUCCCGUGUACGUUAAAACGUACGUACCGUACCACGCCACUCAUCAUCAGGACGCAAACGGAAGCUGGAAACCGUGCUACUGCAACGUUUACCAACCCUGGGAUCGUGCUCCGUCCAACCCGGUGCUCCCGACUCCUCGACGAAAGGUCGACGACAAGGUGGACAUACCCUACAAACAGCACCGAGAUUAGGGGAUAGUAUUUUUUAGUGUUAUAUGUUAAGAAGGUUUUUUUUUAUGUAAAUAAGGAAAAAAUAUAAACUCAGUAAGAAAUUAAAAGUCUAUAGAUACGUGUCCAUCGCUGUAGUACAGCCUAGAACGACGCGACAUCUUCCAUACUGCGAUCACUCAUUUCUGAAUAAACUCAGUUGAUAACGAUCGUGAUACUACGACGUCUAAGCAGACGUGGAUUCAAAUGAGUUGGUCGCGGAUUCUCAGUUACGCUAGAAUUUCAGCCGGUUGACGUGCUCGACACAUUAGUUCUGCUAAGAAAAUGAGAAUUUCAACGUUUUGGAUUAUACUGGUUGCAUUUUUCUUUGGUGUUAUGUCAGCACCACAGAUCAAUUUUGAAAAUCAUCACUCGAAUAUGGAUCAAAUGGAAGUAGAGGACCCAAUGAUGGUUUCGUGUGAUCGCACACCCGAAGUAAUGGUUUCCAUGGAAGAUGAGCCGACAAAUAAUCUACGUAAAGUAUCAACAAAUGAAUAAAGUUAAUUGCUUGAAUUA